AUGGAUCCCGGCAAUGCCACAACCGCCCUGACCUCCACGGCGGCAGGGUCCUCUGGGUCCUCCAGGUCUGAAAAGCCAGGCCCGGGGCGGCGGCGCCACCCGCCAGUGCUGCGCAUGGUGCUGGAGGCACUGCGCGCGGGGGAGCAGCGACAGGGCACGUCGGUGGCCGCCAUCAAGCUCUACGUGCUGCACAAGUACCCAACAGUGGACACUGGCCGCUUCAGGCACCUGCUCAAGCAGGCGCUGGCCUCCGGCGUGCGCCAGGGCCUCCUCGUCAGGCCUGCCAACUCCAAGGCCAGAGGCGCCACCGGCAGCUUCAAGUUAGUUCCCAAACACAAGAGGGCAAUCCAGUCCAGGAAGAAGCCCACCCCGAUGGCCCCCAGGAGAGCCGGUGAGGCCAAAGAGAAGGCUCCCAAGAAACCAAGUAAGACAAUGAAGGACACGUCCGACUUGGGCAAGGUGGAGAAAGUAGCCAAGAAGCCGGGAGAGGUGAGGAAGGCUCCUCCCAAGCCAGGCGCAGCCAGGGAGAAGGCCUUCCAGAAAGGCAGCAAGGCCAAGAACAUCGAGGCAAAACUGGGUGAGGCUAGGAAGGGUCCCCCAAAACUGGACAAGGCCACGCAGGCCCCUUCCAGUGCCAACGGGCUCAGCAGGAAGCCAAAGGUCAAAGGCAGCAGGAGCAGCCGAGGAGCUGCUGAGGCCCACAGGAAAACAAAGGCUGGCAGCAAGAGUUCAAGACCCACAGCCAACAAGGUCAAGAAUGGUGCUGCUUCCCCAACCAAAAAGAAGACGGGGGCCCAGGCCCUGGCCCGUAAAGGGGCAGCUGCCCUGGGGGCUGAGGAGGGGCCAAAAGCCAGGGGAGCUGCUCCUGCUAAGGGCAGUGAGGCCAAGGUGGCACCUGCACACCUAGCCAGGAAGACAGAGGCCCCCAAGGGCUGGAGAAGGCCUGGGCUGCCCACGAAGGCCUUGUCAUCCAAGGUGUCCAGCAAGAAGGCCAAAGCUGAGAUCUAG